CAGAAAGUCAAAGUAACCGCAAUCAUGGCGGACGUUGCUGAGCGGAAACCGCGCAAGAGCGUCGCCUUCGAAGACAACACCACGAUCGUUGACGGUGACGGCCAAGUCAUGGAGUCUGCAGAAAUGAACGGCGAAAAGAACAGCGCCGAGUCUCACUCAGCGGACAAGGAAGUCGAUGAGGUGACGGAUAUGUUUGCUGGACUCGCCAAAAAGAAGAAGAAGUCCAAGACCGAAGGCGACGAUGCCGAUGAUGUGCUCUCCGGCCUGAAGAAAAAGAAGAAGUCCAAGAAGCCCAAAGAGGAUGUCGCCGACGACUUCGAAGCUCAGCUUGCCGCCAAAGUGGGAGAUGAGAAGGAGGGAGACGAGGCCGAGGCUCCGGCCGAGGAAUUUGAGGGCAAUAUGCUCAAGGGCACCGGCAUCUGGCAGCACGAAAACACCACUGUUGUGCCGUACAACAUGCUGCUCAACCGCUUCUUCACCCUGCUCCACUCGCAGCACCCCGACCUCAUGUCUUCCGGCUCAAAGAGCUACAAGAUUCCCCCGCCGCAAUGCUUGCGUGAAGGAAACAAGAAGACCAUCUUCGCCAACAUUUCCGAAAUCUGCAAACGCAUGAAGCGAACUGAUGAGCACGUGACACAAUUCUUGUUCGCCGAAUUGGGUACCUCUGGCUCCGUUGACGGUUCCCGUCGCCUCGUUAUUAAGGGUCGCUUCCAGCAAAAGCAGAUUGAGAACGUCCUUCGUCGCUACAUUGUCGAAUACGUCACUUGCAAGACAUGCCGCUCGCCCGAUUCGGAACUUACCAAGGGAGAAAACCGAUUGUACUUCGUUACGUGCAAUUCUUGCGGUUCGCGCAGGUCCGUCACUGCGAUCAAGACUGGUUUCUCGGCCCAGGUCGGCAAGAGAAGGAGACAGCAGAAGUAG